AUGAACCAAGGAUUUGCAGUGAUUUUGCGCCCCGACUUUGGCGUGCUCGCCAUCACAACUAUCUUUUUCAUCGUCCUCUACGUCAUCUACCAGAGACUCUUCUCUCCUUUUUCGAAUAUCCCAGGGCCUUGGGCCGCUAGUGUUUCCAGGCUGUGGUUAACAUGGCAUGCGUACAAGGGAGACUUGCACCUGGUGAUGAUGGCUCUGCACAAGAAUCACGGAAGUGUCGUCCGAAUUGCACCCAGUGAAGUGCACGUUGUUCAGGAGCGUCUCAGAUCUCGCGUCUAUCAAAGUGCCGGUUCCAAGUUUCGCAAGUCAAGCUGGUACAACGUAUGGCAAGGUAGAAGAAAAUUCGACCUUUUCGCAGAGCAAGAUGAAAAGAUUCAUGGUGCUCAACGACGUCUUGUCAGCAGACCAUAUGCCAUGACUUAUCUGAAAGAUUUGGAGCCUUUUGUCGACAGUGCGCUACAUGUUUUCAUUGAUAAGCUCCAUGGCAUGGCUGGGCAAUCAAUCGACCUAGGUGCUUGGCUCCAGUUAUUUGCUUUUGAUGUAAUUGGGGAACUCACUUUCUCCAAGCGAUUUGGAUUUCUGGAAGCUGGACAAGACGACGGCUCGUUCAAGCAAAUCGAGGAUGCACUUGUGUCUGCCUCCUGGAUUGGCCAGGUCCCUUGGUUGUACUGGCUUCAUGACUAUCUGUCUCCCGUCAUCGGAACAUGGGUGGGGAUUGCAUCACGGCAUGGCACUAUUCGUACCCUUGCCGCACGCGAGGUCUCUGACCGCCUCGAUCGAGGAUCUGGACAUUCCGAUAUUCUCAGCAAGUUGCUGGCAGUUCACCAUGAGAAGCCGGAUCAAUUUGACCAUACAGCGCUUGUAUCAAUGGCAACAUCCAACAUCUUUGCGGGUAGCGACACUACGGCAAUUUCCAUUCGAGCCAUAUUUGACUUUCUGCUGAGAAAUCCUAGUUGCAAACGACGCUUGAUUGAUGAGAUUGAUGACUUGCAAAGGCGGGGUGAGCUCAGUGACCCUGUUUCGGUCACGCAGGCGGAGAAACUGGAAUAUCUGCAGGCCGUCAUGUAUGAAGCUCUGCGGCUUCAUCCUGCUGUAGGCAUGGCUCUACCUCGUGUUGUGCCUCCCGGUGGUGCUGAAAUUGAUGGGCAUUACAUGCCCCCCGGGUCUGUGGUUGGGGUGAAUCCCUGGGUCGUUCAUCGCAAUAAUGAAGUUUUUGGCCCUGACGUGCACGAAUUUCGACCUGAAAGAUGGCUUAAAGAGGAUACAGGAGACAUGCAUCGCUUUUUCUUUGCUUUCGGCUCUGGUGCAAGAAUGUGUAUCGGAAAAAACAUCAGUUGGAUGGAAAUGCUCAAGCUCAUUCCGACCCUUUUGAAGAACUUCAACAUAGAACUGGUUAAUCCACAUGUGGGCUUAACACAGAGAUGCCACUGGUUUGUCAUUCAGAAAGGAUUGCAGGUGACAAUUACACCAAGGAAGGGAACGGUUUAG